UCGGUAGACAACCCCCCGGCUAUUCCGAUGACUUCUGGGGGGCUGGCGACCCCUUCUCUUCCCCCCAUCGCAGAAGACCCUCCUCCCAGUGGCCCCCGCCUGCCUCGCCCCUUCCUCCAGAGCCUCCGGAUCCUCUUCGAGAUCUUGGACGAUCAACGCCAAGGGACCGUCCACAUCUCGGAAAUCGAGAGCCGCUGGGGUCGGGGCGGCUCUGGGGUGGCCCCGUCAGGAGACCACCAGGAGAUCCCAGCCGGGGUCUUGCAAGCCCUUCAGCGGGUGGCGGAGCCGUGCGGGGGCUUUUUAAGUUUCCCCCGCCUAGUGGCCGGGUUGAGAAUCGCCCUCCUCCAAGCCGAAGGGGAAGGAGCCGCGGAGGCGGAGGCGGAGGGGGGACGCGGAGCUGCCCAGGUGAAGAAGACGAGUCGGACACGAGAAUCUGAUGGGAAAGGAGUCACCCGAUCCAGGAGCACAAACAGCUUCUUGUCCCAAAGUGGCCGGUGCAGGAUGAUCCCAAAGGAAUCACGUAGACACACCAUUUCUGGUGCCGUGGAAUAUGAAAUGAUGAAGCAGAUGCAGCAGCUGGAACGAGAACGGGAUGCCUUGUUGCAAGGCCUGGAAAUGGUUAACCAGGUACGCGACUGGUUACAGUGCCACCUGCUGGAAGCUCAAAAACGCCAGAAGCACAUGGGAGCCCAGGCGAAUGAGUGUCGAGAGUCUUACUCUAAGCAGAGCUGCUUGCUGCUGGCCAAGAUCCAGGAAGUCAACCUGUGCUUGAAAAAUUUACUCACUUCUUCUGGAAAGACUGAAGUGCCACUCAAAAAUUGGGGGGUUCCCUGUUCCUCUCCAGAAAAUCCAUUUCACCAGCAAGCCAUUGUUGUGCUAAAGGAGCAGAACCAUCUGUUGACCAAGGAGGUGUCCCAAAAAUGCCAUCGCAUUGCACAAUUGGAAGAAGAAAAGGCAUCCCUUUACAAGCAGCUGAAGGAGAGCUGGGGUUAUAAACUUCCCAGCCACAAGGAGUUCACCUUCAUCUGACCAGAAGCUCAAGGAUGGGUGACCAUAAACUCUUCUGCUUCACAGUUGGCCGUGCUUGGGACAUCACUUUCUUUGGGGACUCCAAACGACGGCCCACGUCAAGUCUUUUGUUAGGAAAGAGGCCAACAGCGUUCCUGUCUGUCCUCUAGGGCUAGGUUUGUUGGAGAAACAUCUUGAGAUGGUUGGUGAUUGUUAGAAUGGGAAAGGUGAACACGAGGCUCUUUUGAGGUUCAUUGAAAAAAUAACCGGUGGAAGGGAAUGGAUCAGGAGAUGGACCAGAGGGCAAACAAGGCAAAGCUCACAAAUGCUUGCUUUCUUGCCUCCCUUUGUUCCAACAUGUUUCAGAUUCUUACUUCGGCUAUGAGGUUGAAAACCUUCUCUUACAACAACUUCAGGACUUUGAAUUCUGUAGCUCUGGACCAGAGAUUCGGGAGUCCAGAAUUCACAUCGUGGCAGUACAUUUCCCCACUAGGAUACCUGUGUUGAAGUAACUGCCCUCUGUAUUAUUAUUAUUAUUAUUAUUAUUAUUAUUAUUUUUCCAAACCAAAAAAAGAGCACAUACCCAUCAAAGGCCUUUUCAUUCAGAGACCAAAUAUGUUGAUGUUCUCCUUGGUUUACACAUUUUGCAAUCUCUCCUUUGAUAUAACCUGCAAAUAUCUAGCUGCAGUUCUGUUGUUCAGUUUUGUAUUUAUACUGGAGUGGGGCUGAGUGACUACAGUAUUACUUUCCUGUAGCUAAGGGAAAUGAAACCAAGAGAUAUUUAUGGCAGAAAAAGAACCAUGAAGUAUGGCCUACAGUCUGCAUUUAGCUGUAUUUCCUUUCCACAUUUUGGAAUAUUGUUUCUGUAAUCCAAAUAGCAAUAGCACUUAUACACCAUAAAUAAGUACUUAAGUCAUUGCACUUAUUCACCACAAAUAAGUGCUAUUGUAAUAUAAUAAAGCACUUCACAGUGCUUUUACGGCCCUCUCAAAGUGGUUUACAGA